AUGAAUCGUCUGUUCGGGACAAAGAGCACGGCUCCCAAGCCUACGCUCGAUGGCGCGAUCUCAAAGGUUGACGACCGCGUCGCCAGCAUCGAUGUGAAGCUCAGUGCGCUCAACUCGGAGCUCUCCGCCUACCAGGCGAAACUCUCCAAGAUGCGCGACGGCCCAGGCAAGAACGCCAUUCGCCAAAAGGCCCUCAAAGUCCUCCAGCGUCGGAAACAGUACGAAGCCCAGCGCGAUCAGCUAUCCCAGCAAUCGUGGAACAUGGAACAAGCCGGCAUGAUGCAAGACAACCUGAAGAACGUGAUGACGACUGUCGACGCCAUGAAGACCACCACCAAGGAGCUGAAGAAGCAAUACGGCAAGGUGGACAUUGACAAGAUCGAACAGAUGCAGGAUGAGAUGGCCGAUCUGAUGGAGGUUGGAAACGAGAUUCAGGAGAGUAUCUCUCGAGCGUACGAUCUGCCGGAAGAGGUGGAUGAAGCCGACCUGGAUGCAGAGCUAGAGGCCUUGGGUGAAGAGUCCUUGUUUGAGACUGAGAUGGGCGCCGAUGCAGUCCCCAGUUUCUUGCAAGACGAGGUUGCGCCUCCGCAAUUCAUCGACGAGCCGCCAGAGCAGGCCAAGGUCAAGGAGGCGGCGGGUGGAAUUGGCUAA